ACUUGGAAUUGAAAUAAAUCACUUGUAUUAUCUUUAAGGAUCCCUAUAAAGUGUAUCAUUGCUAAUCAACAGAACUAUUUAUACAACCAAUUUAUCGACCACAUAUGUUUAUUUUAUUUAGUAAACUUAAAAUCUAAAUAAACGAGAUAAUUGACUGAUUAUAAAGCUACCUAUUGAUUUCCAACAAUCGGAUUAAAUAUGAUUUACUUCAAUACAUACUAUUGAUAAUUAAUCACCAGCAGAAGGUCUAUGAUCAAUCCUUGACCAUUUUCAUUUAUUAAAAUAUCACUUAAUGACCUAAACAUAUAUUGAUCUAAUCUAAAAUGGUAUUUGUAUUAUACUUUGGACAAAAAGUUACUACUCCGAGUACAUUACGUAAUAAUGUUGCUUAAUUGAUAGAGAAGACAAAACAGACUAUGAAUAAUACUCAUUAUUUGUUCAUAUAAAUAAUAUAUACGCAUAAAUGAUUGUAUAAAUGGUCUUAUCAUGAUAUCUAUUCGAUGAACAAUGGAAAAUCAUUCUAAGAAUUUGACUAUUCAAAAUAAUGAAAUCCAAUGUUUAGUCUAUUCGCAUACAUCAAAGCAUAAUUCACUACUUAAAGAAAAACAUUUCAGUCAAGAAAAUACUACAAUAAAUUUGAAUAAUACAAAUUUAGAUUUCAACUUUAAAUUGACCCAUACAAAAUGUCAUAAUGAUACAGUUUCAAAUUUAUAUUUAGAUAAUAUGAAUCAAUUAUCUAACCAAAUAAUUAAUCCACAUUAUCGUAAAACUGCUAUCAUUGACAUUUGUAAAUCUAUUGAUGAUCAUAAAUUGGAUAUAGGAUAUUUAAUUUAUUCACGUCCAGGUAUUAUAGCUGCAUUACUCCUAGAAAUUGUACAACAUUAUCCAACUGAUAAAAGUAUAUCACUUUCAUCAGAAUCAUUUGAAAUUAUAUGUUCAAUAAUUGCAAUAUUUCAACAAAUUAUACUCAACAACAAAUUUCGUUCUGAAUUUAUUAGCACAGGUCUUUUAACAUAUUUAUUACCUUAUUUUAACAUUGAAUGUCAAACUGAUGAUACUGAACAUUUACGUAUUAGUUUAUUAAGUUUAUAUGCUACAGUAACAAGUAAAUUAUCAAUCAAUGAAAUAGAAGAUUUUCUUUUGCCAGAAUCUAAUACACAUUUCAAUGAUGAAACAAUAAGUGAAGAAAGAUUAGAAAUAACCGAUAAACAAGUGAAUUUUAAUUCUAUUCAUAAUACAUAUUAUGUUUUAAAUGAUUUAUUUAAACAAACAUUGAAAGCAUUAAUUCAAUGUCAUACUGAAAUUGGAAAAACUAUAGCACUUAUUUUAUUAGCACGUUUAUUGAAUUGUCCAAAUCAACGAACUCGUCUCUAUCAUAAUCGUAGUUUAUUUAAUGAAUUAAUUUCAUGUCUUACACAAAUGAUUCAAUAUAUGGUACAAAAAUUCACUAUUGAAAUACAACAACAAUUUAAGCAUAAAAUUCAUUUAUGUGAACAAUAUGAUAAAAUAAUAUUUAUAAAAGCUAAACGUUUAUUACAAUUUACAUUAGAAUGUUUUAAUCAAUUAAUGAUUGAUUUGAAAUUACGUAAUCGUUUACGUUAUAGUUUACCCAUUGAAUUACGUUCAAAUUUAUUUUCUGUUAUAUUAUUACAUGAUCAAGAUGUUCAAUUAUGGCUUGAAAAAAUUUGGUUACAAUUAGGAUGGGACAAAAUGAAUUAAGAAUGUGCAUUACAAACUACUUUAUAAUAUAAUACUUUAAUUUCAUAGUUUAAUGCAUUUUGUUUAGUAAAUACAUAUUUUUUUCUCAGUUGUAUAA